GCUAUUGGGGCGUAACCUCCCGCUGGACAGUUGACACACGGCCCUCAUGCGUCCCAGAUCCAACCAGCCGGCCUGCCUACACGCAUAAACAAACGUAGGCUAUUUACCUUCCGUAACGCAAUGGGACUAGUCCCCGAUCCCGAACGGCUUAACCACACAUAACAUACGGGGAAAUCCUUCUAUUUACUUUGGCCAGCCGCCAAGAGGCACCGGUACAUCGAUCCAUCGAUGGGUUCCUUAUUCUCUUCCCCUGCCCGCGGCGACGGCGGCGCCGCUAUCUUUGAUUACGCCAACCCUCCCCCAGGCAGCCGUAUGUCAAAAGAAGAUAUCGUCGCCCACCGAAUUUCUCAGCUUGUCGACGUCGCCCUUGAACAUUACAACUCCAACAACCCGGGUGCCGAGUUCGAGUAUCCGGGGUAUCCUCCCACCACGGACAUGAACGCCGUCUGCGUCGGUUUUAGGGGAACUUUCUGGUACCACCUCGGCUUUUCGGCUCGCCCAGUGGACGCCACCGCCGAGACGCAACACUUCUUUGCCGAGCUAUAUUUUGAUAGACGCUUCUGCCAAAUAACCGUUGAAACAUGCACUAUCUUAGAAAAGCCGCUGUGCCGCUUUAGAGCCUCGUGUGCAUUUUGUCCAGAUGAAUCCAAUAUCUUGCACCCAAGCAGUGCAGAAUUUUUCUAUGGAAAACAAGAUCACGAAAAAGAAUUCUUUCGCAAGAGAGAUAUGCUAGUGCGGCCAUUCAAUUCUUUUAUAACACCUCCUGAUAUAGAUAGCACCGACGAUCCAUGAUUCAACUCAUAUGUUAUGGCCUAUGGAUUAUAGUUGUAAAAUAAGUAUGUUUUUCUUCUAGACUCAACUCAUAUGUUAUGGCCUAUGGAUUACAGUUGCAAAAUAAGUAUGUUUUUCUUUUUGACUCGACUCAUAUGUUAUGGCCUAUGGAUUACAGUUCUAAAAUAAGUAUGUUUUUCUUCUUGUUUUUA